UCUCUCUCUCUCUCUCUCUCUCUCUCUCUCUCUCUCUCUCUCUCUCUCUCUCUCACACACACACACACACACACACACACACACACACACACACACUCACACACAUAUACACACACAUACUCGCUCACCAGACUUCAGGUCCUGCUGAUGACUUAAGAGAAAAAUGCCUCGCUCUUUUUUGGUCAAGAGCAAGAAGGCGGGGUCUCAUUCGUCACGCUCCGCCCACUCCUACACCUACCCCUCUGACAGACAUGUCGGAGCCUUGUCCGCCGUCUCCCCCAGGAGCAGCUCACCUGUAGCCCUAGAGCUCAGCCCGAAGAUGGCGUCAGCCCCCGGUUACCCUGCCUCGCACUCCCACUGGGUUUCCAUGGAAACCAGCCCAAACUCCACCUCCCAGGCUGAGAACUGGGGUCUGUGGAGAACAGAUAAACAGGCAGGUGAGAGUGAACAUCCCCCGGCAUGUCCCUUACUAUGGUCUCCUGCACUGAGCCACACCUCCAGCUCUCACAGGGAGCAGGAACUGGAGCGACUGGUGCAGGUGCUGCUGAGCCACAGACUGCAGGAAAACCCCAGCACUCCACUGUGUGAAUGUCCACUCUGUGAGAAGGUUCUGUCGUCAGCCGUAGGUUUGGUGACUCACCUGCGCAGGUCUCACAUCAACAGGGCCACAGUUACAUCCACAGGGUUGGGUUUCAGCACACAGCAUCAUGGGAUCAGACCCUCAGCUGGAUUCUACGGCAGGGCUAAAGAGCGCAGUUUUGUCUGUAAGGUGUGUGGGAAGGUGUUUAAACGCUCGUCGACUCUCUCCACUCACCUGCUGAUCCAUUCAGACACUCGACCUUACCCCUGUCAAUACUGUGGCAAAAGAUUCCAUCAGAAAUCUGACAUGAAGAAACAUACCUUCAUACACACUGGCGAGAAGCCCCAUGUGUGUGUGGUGUGUGGGAAGGCGUUCAGUCAGAGCUCCAACCUGAUCACUCACAGCCGGAAGCACAGCAGUUACAGACCCUUCCACUGCCCUCACUGCCCGCUCAACUUCCAGAGGAAACUGGACCUGCAGCGCCACCUGGAGACACACUCCAGCAACGACAGCAGCAUGGCCUACCAGAGCAGCCUGAGUUAGCGCUCGCCGCUAAACACACAAUGCUGCAGUGUACAGAACGUCUAGUUUAGCCUUAAUAGCAUCUGGAAAUGCCUUGAAAAACAAAUGUGCUUUAAUGAAUAUAUACAAAUAAAAGCUUUUGUUUUUUC